UCUCAACCCCAUGAAGCUCUUCCUUAGGGAUCAACGAUUUAAUUAACCGAUAAAAUAAUAAAUGGAUAUACUAAUAUUACAUUCCAGCUAGCCAGCUCUUGAAAAAGACCCUCUACCGUGACAGGAUGGCCUUUCGGAGUUCUCCCUUCCUCCCAUUACUAUUACUCCUUGGCCUCCUGUCUUUCUCUUCCACCGCCGCCAACGAGAUUCUGAUUAGUGUCGUGGGUAAUGACACCGACAUCCGAUUACCUUCCGAUCGUUGCUUCUUCGCCUUCCGGGAAGCCCCUGCAUUUCGCAACAGCGAGUCUUGUGCAUCACAGAGGGAUCCGAAUAAUCAUGUCCACAUUGUCAUGACUCUUGAUGACAAUUACAUCAGAGGCACAAUGGCAGCUGUGUUAUCAAUGCUGCAACAUUCGACAUGCCCUGAAAACCUUUUCUUCCAUUUUCUAUAUCUCCAUUUCCAGUCCACGAUUUUCGAAACCAUCAGAUCAACGUUUCCUUACCUCAACUUCAAUGUAUAUUACUUUGAUUCAACCAGGGUUGAUGGCAAAAUAUCAAAGUCGAUUCGACAGGCAUUGGAUCAGCCUCUGAAUUAUGCCAGAAUAUAUUUAUCAGAGAUCCUUCCGGAAGAUGUGCACCGUGUUAUAUACCUGGAUUCUGAUAUUAUCGUCGUAGAUGACAUCGCGAAGCUAUAUGAAGUUGACAUGGAAGAUAAGGUUGUUGCUGCACCCGAAUAUUGCCGUGCAAACUUCACAUAUUAUUUCACCGACGAUUUCUGGGCAGACCCUAUAUUGUCGAGAACUUUUGACGGCCGAACACCUUGUUACUUUAACACCGGAGUGAUGGUGGUGGAUGUCGAUAAAUGGAGGGAAGGAAGCUACACAAACAAGGUGGAGAAAUGGAUGAUAACACAGAAACAGAGAAGAAUAUACCAUUUAGGGUCUUUACCACCGAUUUUGCUUGUUUUGGCUGGUGAUAUCAAGGCAGUUGAUCACAGGUGGAAUCAACAUGGCUUAGGCGGUGACAACUUUAAAGGGAAUUGCAGGUCACUUCAUCCAGGCCCUAUUAGCUUGUUACAUUGGAGUGGCAAGGGAAAGCCAUGGCUACGACUCGAUUCUGGGAAACCAUGCAAUAUUGAUCACUUAUGGGCACCAUAUGAUCUGUAUCGUUCGAAUAGAAUUGCUUUGGAAGAAUGAUAAUAAGUAGAAGUCAUGUGCAGAGAUAAUCAAGUGCUCCCAUACACAAUGGUACAUAAUGAGACAGUAUAAGCAUCUCAGAUUUGUAAAAUAUG